AUGGAUCAGCCCAAGCAAUUGACUAGACCAAACAGGGUGAUGUUUUCGCGGUCGUCCCUCCUACUCCAGAAGCCAGUUGGGAAGACUCAAGGCGGCAGAGAGGAGGGAAUCACCUGUUUGCGUCGCCGCUCGAGAAGGGACGUCCCUGCGCCAAGCCAACGGGUUUCCUCUCGGCACUGCUCACACACUCUCUCUGUGUUUGGUGUCUUUCUCCUCUGUCUGUGUCUCGCGUCGCUUUCGUUCCUCCCUCUUUCCUCUUGCGCAUCUCACGCUCCCCCGACUGGAUCUACCGGAGAGAUCAGAGACUCGGAGACAGACCAGAAUCGCCUCCCCGCGGAGGUCCCAGAAGCGCCAGCGUCCACGGGGCUGCGUGAGAGGGGACUGUCUCUUGAACUGCCUUGCGAGACUGAAGGCGACAGGGGUCCAUGUGGAGAGGCGCUCAAGGCGCUGGAGGACAAUGGACGGAAGGCGACGAGCGUGGAAGAGGGUUACGUGCGACGCACGGGCGAAGCGUCGGGAGAGGCAGAAGUAGACGGGAAAUCCUCUGUGGAGCCUGCGUCUCCACUGCCGGACACUUCUCUUCUGUUUGCCUCUGAGACGGAACAGGAAAUCCCGUGGGGCUCACGAGGGACGUCGCAGCGGGAAACGGGCGCCGACGCCCAGCCGGGAAUUGUAGAGACGACAUUCGACGCGCAAGGAGCAGUGGAGACACCGCCAUCGCGUUCACAGUCGGACGGCGUCGAGAAGCAAAGCACUUUGCUUGCAGGCAGCACCAGCGCAGAGCCUUCGUUUCGCGACACGUGGCGCAAGGCUUUCGCCGCAUUCUUGCCGUGGCCUGCCACAGACUCUUCCUUCUCGCAUGUGCAUGCAGGCCGCGCGGCGGGUGCGUCUGCCUCGGGCCGCAAUGGAGUUCCCUCGACCGGCCGUCGCCCGGUGUCUCCGACAUUUUCGACACCCGAUGCGGCUGUGACGCUCAUAGACAGUAGAGCGGAAGAAGGCCUGGAAGAAAGGCAACCCGAUUUUGUGCCGGCGACGCGGGAAAGCGGGUCAGGGGAGACGGGGCUCCAGACCGACACAGGCCUCAAGCAGGGGCUGAAGGCGAAGAAGGGGGACGAGGAGGCGAAGAGAGGGAAGGAGUCGAAGGAAAAAGGAUCCGCAGGGAAGGAGCUGAAGUCACAGGAACAGAGGACAGCCGGAGCGAAGCAGGCGGAGAGAGAGAAGGAGAGAGACAGAAGAAGGGCUACCGGAAAGAGGGAUCCGGAGCAGAAGAAGCCGAGGAGAGUGCAGUCAGAGUCGCCUCGUUUUUCAGCUGGGCUUCUUGGAACCAGCCGUACCGACGCAGUCCCUCAGGUUCCGCCGUCGCCCGGCUCACCUGGUACAGCGCGACGAAACACCGCAGACAAAAGCGCCAAGAAACCGAACCAGCGCCGCAACGUGUUGUGGAAACGGCGACGGCACUCCUGGCCUUCUUUCUCGGUUUUCUCUUUCCAGUCCUCUCCUUCCCGUGCGCCUGCCUCGGCGUCGAAGCUUCCAGGCGCCGCACACACGCCAGCCUCGGGCGCGUUGGGCGCGAGCCACCCUGCGCCAGGGGCCUCCGGGAGGGGCGACGACGCCAGCGGGUCGAUGGCUGAUCGCGAUGGGUUUCCACGCGGCAGCAAAGGCCAGCGCGCAUCUGCUGCAUCCGGUUCGCCCAAAAAAGGCAAAGGCAGGAGGCGAGCGCCGAGCGAUGUCGACUCGGCAGAGCGAGAGGAGAAGCCCAAGCCGAGGCGAGAGCGAAAACAGGACGCGAGUCGAGAACGGAAAAAGAGUCGUGGAAAGCCCAGCGGCCCGACCGGCGGCGCAGCUGGGAGCCGCCGCCGGCGCGAGCGAACAGUGAAGGCGCAGGCGAGGCGCCAACCGAAUCUUCAGAACCAGGCCGAGUCGAACGACCGGCCGCCCCGGUUCGCUUCCCCAGCCUCUCUCGUAACUGUCUCCGCUUCCGUGAAGACAGGGCGGAGCCCGGCGGGACGGAACAGCCGGCACGGCGCCGGAGCAGUUGAAGUGGAAGUCGAGGGCCGAGUGAGUGUGCCUGAAUCGCCAGUCCCCUCGGUGGGUCUCUCUUCCCCGUCUCCUGAUCCGAGACGAAGGCGAAGAGGCGUGGGGCACCGGGACGUGAGGUAUGGCCCUGAGGAGGCCGAGGUCGUGGCGAAGGAAGAGCCGUCCACGACGAAGGCUGCGGCCUCUGUCCAGGCGGAGUUGCGCGCGCGGUCCGGCACCGUCUCGCCUGUUCCGCGGCUUCAGCGUGCGGUCGUUCGCCGGCCCUCUGGAGACGAGGAGACCACAACCGACGUCGAGUCGCGAAGGCGCUGGUGGUUUGCGGUUCCGGGCCGGAACUCGCCCACGCGGAAGCGGAAGAAAGGAUCUCCGAGCGCCGCUGAACGCGUGCUCGAAGUUCAGCAGAGCAGUGAGCCUGCGGAAGCGGCAACCGCGGGCGACCGGAGAGGGGCGAGUCAGGCAAGAGAGACAGGGGGGGACAGCGAAGACGGCCGAGCCGCUGCAUCCUCGCCGGACCCGGAACGCCCAGUGGAAACAGCAAACGACGAGGCGGACGAGACGCACACGCCCCGAAGUGCCGGGGCUGGUGCGCCGACUCAAGCGGGAGACGAAAAAACGGAACAGAGACGCGACGCGAAUCUCUCAGGCCCCAGGAGGCGGGCGAGUCGGUCGAAGGCCGAGACGAAAGGGACGGAGAGCGAACGAGGCGCGGACCCGCGAACGCACACCGCUGCAGAGGACGGCGGAAUUCGAAUCGUUUCGAGAGACGCGGGGACAAAAUCGCCCGAGGAAGACUGGAGUCGAAGCGACGAGACGGAACCCAGCGACGAACCGCCGGGCGAAAAGCACAGAGGGCGAGCGCGACAAAGACACAGAUACGGAUACCGAGGAGAAACGGAGACCCCAGACAACAGCGAUGACGGGCCAGGGGACCAUUUUGGGGGCCCGCCGGGAGAUGGCGUCGGGUACCUUUUCUCGCCCGAGAACCACAAGCGGCUCUGCCUCGAACUGUUUCACCAGCCAAAAUUCGCGGAGAUGUUUGUCGUUCUGUUUCUCCACCACCUUCGCUGGCCGUCGUACACCCAACAAGAAGGCGGGACAGGCCUCUUUUUCAAGACGCUACAAAAAUACGCCGCUGGCCUCGUCGACGGCCAGAGCCCGGCGAUGUCGUUUUCCCUCCUUCGCGACUGUCCCUUGCAUGAGAUCAUCAACCAGGUGGUGAGCAGAAGCGCGUGGCUAGCCCCGAAGGUGACCGAACAUUCAUGUUCCUCCGUCACCUCAGACUUCAAGAUUGCUUCGCUCUCGCUUCGAAUAAAGUCUCGCCGAGAUCUCCACGCGUUUGCUAACGAAAUGACCCACCAGAUGCCGCGCUUCUUCGCGUACAGCCUCGCGUACACGCCCCCGGCGAGCAAGUCCCUGCGGACCGCCUGGGGCUUCUUUGCGGCGAUGGUUGUCGUCUGGGAAGUGUUCGCCACGGCCGUCUUGCGAGAAGAACUGUUCGGCCUGAGCGCCGAGGAGUUGUCCAACCUACAGAAAACAGACCCGUUCUUCUGGGCGGCGCUCGCCGAGGGGCUGCUCGACGUCUGGUCCAUGCAGCGCUCGGUCAACACUUCCCUCUUGUGGACGUACAUGACUGUCUCCUCGAUCAUCGACACGGGGCCAACUUCCAGAGUGCAGAACGCAGUGGGAAUUCUUUUGCUUGAGGACGUGGGCAACUGUUUCCUGGCCACGACUUCCCCUCCCUUUCCGCCCCGCGCUCCCGCAAGUCGAGAUCCCCUGAGCAGCUCUGACGCGGCGCAGACUGCGUCGGGCUCCCCUACCGCCUGCACGCUGUCGCCGCCGCGCGACCUGAGCGGUCCGGCAGGCUGGCGAGUGCUGCAGGAAUUUGUGGAAGCGGCGAUUCACAAGAAACUGGAACAGGCGGUCGACAAGCGCGUCGCGCCCGUGGCAGGCUGCAGACCCUCGCGGGGCUGUUUCCGCGGGGAGUGUGGCAAUCGCGAGCCGGCGCAGCCGCGCUGUCGGCUGGGCAAGUAUGGGUCAUGUUUGCCGGACUCGAAAGAGCCGAACCCAGAGGAUUCGGAGCGCGCCCACCCGACCACUUCUGCCUCGCCGUUUAUCCAGUACAGUUCGUGCGAGACGCUCUGGCGACGAGCUGCGUCUCAUCUGCCUUCGAUACAAGUCACGGGUUUCUACAUGCGCAGAAACGCCGACCCUCGGGCGUUCUUCCCCCGCCCAGAACCCGGGACCGAAGGCGAGUUCGCGCGCCGGAGCCCGACCGGUUUUGCGGCCACGCCGUCUUCUCCCCCGUCUGCUGGCUCGGUAGACGAGCGCGGCGUGGCGGUGGGAGACUUCGGCAACGAAGUGCCGCAGGCGAUCCUCGACAAGAUGAAGGCAGAGCUGCCUGCGGGAGGCGUUCUUGUGCAGAUGUCUCUGCUGGACGCUUGGGGGUCGGAGUGGUUCGCGUCCGAGCCCCACGACUCUGGAGACUCGCGGGCUGGAGGCUCGGCCCCGCACCCGUCUGCGGACGACAACGCGGAGCCGCGGAGCACGGGGAGUUUCCCUCGGCCCUUUGGCUGUCUCGGCUCCGGGCCGAGUUCACGGUUCGCCGCGCCCGUCUACGUCCCUGCGACGACUGCCAUGGAACUGUUUCGAGUCGACCUGAGCGUGGAUCCGUCUCUGGACAGCGUGCGGGGCCGCGUUUCGGCGCUUGCCGUCGAAGUCAUCGGCAUUGACUCGAUAGAUCUGUUUAGACAAAACGCGGACCCUCGGGAAGAUCCCGACGUCCACGUGUACCUCUCGAUCCCCGAGGACGAAUUCGGAAGCGACCAGAAGUUCAGAGAGGAAAUCUACGCGAUCGUCUCCGGGCAGCCUUCCGUUUGGGUCGCGGCUGCCAUGAAGUCGAUCUCUUGGGACAGAAUCCAGAUUUUGGGCACGGCGCGAUGGACCGGGGUGUUGCCCGCGGCCGCGCGCCGUGCUGCCAGCCUCGCAGAGAAGGACAGCAUCGAAAGGGACGGGGCGCGAGAGACGCGACAGGCUGCGCGCCGCGCGGACGCAGCACCGGACUCGGCGGAGGCAGGUGCGGAGCACGCAGGAGGCCUCGCGAGGCGGCUUCACGCCGAGAAGGCUGCAUCGACUGAACCCCCGCGCCGGGCGGAGAACGCCCAGGCAGACGCGAGCGCCUCCGAAGCUCCUGGGGGCAACAGUUCCUCGGAGCGGAGCCCAGACCGCGAGGCCGCUGCGCGCCGGGAACCCGCGACAGGCGGAGGUCCCCAGACUGGGUCAGAGUCCGGAUCGACGGCUGGCGAGCCAGGAGACGCGGCGUGCGUCUUUGGGACGCUGCAGAAAACGCGCGGAUUCGGAAGACGGUUCGAGCGCAGUCGGGCGGCCGCCUCGACGAGCCUGCCCCCGCCGCUUCACAAGGCCGAGGCGAAACUCCGCCACUUGGCGCCGUCUGUGGAGAGACACACGGGCGAGAAGAAACGCCGGAAGGACGACUCCGAGCAGGCGCGGAUGUACGGCUCCGACGACGUCCUCACGUUUGGAUGGCAGCCCGGCCAUCGCAUUGUCCAUGUUUUCAUUGAAGGCCUGGGGCGGCGCGUCGGGAACAACGCGAGCAACGCAGGGUCGGAGGACGACUUGAUCCUGGAAAUGCCUGCUGAGGAAGCGAAAGUCCGCCUGACUCGGCGAAUCCGCGGACGGGACAUCCGAGUUGUCCACGUCCAUCUCGACCACAGAAAUAUCGAGCUAGCAGGCCUGGAUACCCAUCCGGAUCAUCCACGUAGCGAGGACGAAGAGGACGGAGUCCCAAUCGUCACAGCGGUGUUGACCAACGUGUUUCUCGCUCUCUUCAUGAUUGUCGUCCUCACGUGCCUUCACCUGGCACACAAGAACAAGAAAGGGCCUUUUUGGCUGCGGUGCUGCUGCGGCGGCGAAUUUCCCUGGCUCUCGAAGAAGGACGAGUCAAAGGCACGGGAAAAAACCGGGCCCCGCUCCGAAAGAUCCUUGGAGGCAGAAGCUGCAGGCAGUCCCUCUCCGCCGAAGGAGUCCGGCGUGAUCCACGAGACGUCCCUCGGCGGCGACGCGAGCCCCAACCCGCAUUUGCAGGCAGAGGCGGUAGGGGCGGCUGAAGCAGAUGCCAGCACGUACGGCGCCUCUCAGCCUCCCUCUCUGCUGUGUGGGUCGACUCUGGUGUCUCCGCGGGAGUCUCUGGUUUCGCUCCGCGGUCUCGAAGGCGAAGGCCAGACAGAAGCGGACGAAGAAGCGCACGGGCGCGACGGAGAGAUGGGAACGGCGUCUCCUGCUUCGUCUCUGCGGACUGCCCGGUCGCGGGCCUCGUUGUUCUCGGACGGACCGCCGUGGCGUCCGGGGGAAUGUACCCCGCGGAGUCCACGCGACGCCCAGCUCGGCACCUACGACGAGGCUUCGCGCCCCGCACGUUUCCGGGGCACCAGCCCGUUCGCGACAGAGGCGACAGGUUCGCUGGCUUCUCGGUUUGCCGCUCCUGACAAGCUACGCACGUGGGACGCUGGCCCGGCGCAUGCAGGGCUGGGGCCUCCGUUCGGGAGUCCCCGGCGCGUGGGCGUGCAGAGGAGCCUGUCGGCGGCCGACCGCGAGGACAGCAUCUAUUCCACUUCGAUUGCGAUGUCUUCGUCGCACUCUUCGUCUUCGUCGAGCGUGGAAAUCUACGACUCGACGCCGUCCCUGAGGCGGUCUGCAUCCUGUCGCGCCUCCUCGCACCGCUUUUCGAUCCGAGAGUCGCUCUCCAACGUCCAUCUUCGGUGGAACUACUUUUCCGCCAGGGUUUCGUCUCCGACCUCUGCUGACGGGAGCGUGGCUUCAGAUGGCCUCGGACGAGGCCGCAGGUGCAAGCGAUGA